CGACGUUCUGAUGUCAGAUUCUCGCAACGGCGAAAUUUCGACUCGGAUGCUGAUUCGACGAAUGGCAAUGGUAACAGCAAUAGCGCCUCAACAGGCAGACAUCAGAUUCGUGAUGGAUGUUGUUCCGAUUUUGGUUCAUGUUCUUCGAAGAUGUAUUGCGAUCAGCCGCAACAACGAUCGCGAAUCAAUGAGAAAGAGGAUGCCGAAGUUUUGGAUGAAGAACAGGAGGCUGCGAAAGAUUGAUGCCUAA